GCCAAGGAGGAUGCGGAGAGGAUAUCGAGUAGGAAACGCCCUCUGGACUCAGAAGCUAGUACGGUCGGGAUUCUUCAUGUGAAUGCGAAACGCGCGAGAUACGCAAGUCAGUCCCAACUACAUCACAGUAAACAGAGUAAACAAAACCAGCAGAGAGACUUCGAUAAGCGACCUGUACAGAAGAAGUUUAAGGGUUUCAAGAAAAAUAGCAAUAGAGGCAACAGACCAAACCAAGCUUCAACUUCAAGCAAGGAUCAGACAGAAACUCAGCGAAGUCCUCAAGAGGUCAGGAAGAGAUUGGAUUGUAUAUUUUGCAAAGGGGGCCAUUAUAACGAUAGCUGCCCUGAAGCAUCUACUUUAGCCGAAAGGAAGAAACGACUUGAAGGACGAUGCUUCAUCUGUUUCAGGCAGAAUCACUUGGCAAAAGACUGUAAGAGUAAGAAAAAAUGCGCUCGCUGCCAUAGUGAAGUACUGCAUAAUCGAGCAUUAUGUCCUUCAAAUUUUCAGAAGGAUACAACGGAGAAGAAACAGUCCUGACUGUUCCAGAAGAGGGAAUCACUGCACUCCAAACGGCAACAGUUUAUGCAAGCCCCCUAGAUAAUAAGAACAAACUAUUUAAAUAUAGACUUCUCUUAGAUCCAGGUUCCCAACGCUCUUAUGUAACAUUCCGGACUGCAAAGGAACUAAAGCUUCCCGUCGAAGAAGAGAGUCAUCUAGUAGUAUUCACCUUCGGCGACGAUCCUCCCAGAGAGAUACAUAGCCCAAUAGUCACUCUUCAUCUACUAUCUAGAACAAACAAGAACAUAGUAAUACAGGCUAACUGCGUAGAGCAUAUCUCCAGAGGUUAUAUACCUAAUGUCAAGAUGAAGAACUUACCGGAGUCAUAUACACUAGCGGACGACGGGUCGCUGAGCGGACCUGUACAGAUCUUGGUUGGAAACGAAUAUUACUGCAACAUAACUUACGAGAAAAGGGUACAACUGGAUAGCAAUUUGUUUCUAAUCGACUCUGCACUUGGUUGGAUAAUUAGUGGUAGAGCAGAACCACAGCUUAGAGACGAGUCGUACGUAGUGACUUACACUCAGACUUGCAUUGAAACGAAGCUUCAUCAGCCAGAUCCACCUCUUUGUAAUGGAGACAUAAAGAGCCUUUGGGAACUAGAAUGCAUAGGUAUUAGUGAUUCCCCAAGAGCAACUAGAGAAGAAGAAGCCAUCAAAUAUUUUAAUGAUACAACUUUAAAAUUAAAUAAUCGAUACACGGUAAGCUGGCCUUGGAUAACUUAUCCACCGGAUUUACCUAAUAAUUUUGGAAUGGCUUUUGGUCGUUUAUCAAGCUUAUUGAAGCGUAUGGAUCAAGAUACGUUGGUAGCAUACAGAGAUACGUUUAAACAACAAUUAGAUAAGGGUAUAAUAGAAGUUGUACCCUCUUCAAGAACAUCAACAGGUAACGUCAUUCACUACCUACCUUUCCAUGGAGUACGUCAUCGAGGAAAACCUAUGAGAAUAGUUUAUGAUGCUAGCUCUAAGAGUAUCAAGGACACCAAGAGUCUGAACGAAUGUUUGUACAGAGGACCACUCAUGCUAGAAGACCUCACGGGCUUACUUAUAAAAUUUAGAACUCAUAGGAUAGGUUUAACCUCGGAUAUUGAAAAGGCGUUUUUACAGAUGGCGUUACACGAGAAGGAUCGUGAUGUAACCAGAUUCUUGUGGCUCAAAGAUACCUCUAAACCGGUAUCUCAAGACAACCUACUAUACCUUAGGUUUUGUAGAGUUCCAUUUGGCGUCAUUUCAUCACCGUUUUUGCUUAAUGCGACUAUUAAGCACCACCUGUCCAACGCAGAAGAUCAGCAAGUCAGACAGAAAGCAAAUGACAUAUAUGUGGAUAACUUUGUUUCGGGUACCGACACUACGGAUGAGGCGAUGAAACUCUACAAAAAUCUAAAAGGAUCUUUUCAAGAUAUUUCAAUGUCACUCAGAGAUUGGAGUUCAAAUUCUAAGGAAUUUAUGAAGAAAGUCUCUGAUACAUGUAAAGAAGAUAAAGUAAAGGUACUUGGCUUAGAAUGGGACAUCAAAAAGGAUACUCUUCAGUUGAAACCUAACUUACAAGAAGAAGCUGUCACAAAGAGAGGAAUACUGAAGACUAUCGCAUCAAUCUACGAUCCAUGUGGUUAUGCAGUACCCUAUACCCUAUCAUCUAAACUAUUUUUACAAGAGCUUUGGAAAGCUGGAGUGUCAUGGGACUCACCAUUAUCGAGCGAACUAACGGAAGAAUGGAACAAGAUCCGACAGAAUUUAGAAGCCAUUAGGAAGGUGUCGGUGGACAGAUGCUACAUGAAGACACCAGUGGGAAAAGGCUACCAACUACACUGUUUCACCGAUGCCUCUCUACAGGCUUAUGCAGCAUCAGUCUUUUUAGUCUGCGGCUCGGAGAAAAGCUUCAUUAUUGGUAAAUCUCGGCUGAUACCAAUAAAGGACCAGGAGAGUCUCAAGAUACCUCGUCUUGAACUUUUAGGAGUACUGAUUGGCAGUAGACUGAUAAAGUUCGUUCUUAAGUUUCUCCAGCAGAAGAUAGUAAGACAAGUCUUAUGGACUGACAGCCAGAUCGUCAUAGAAUGGUGCAAAUCUGACAAGCUAUUGCCACCCUUCGUUGCCAGGCGGAUAGAAGAGAUCAAAACAAAUAAAGAUCUGGAUAUCAGAUACCUUCCAACAGAGCUAAAUCCAGCUGACGUCGGCACCAGACCCACCUGCUCGAGCGAGGACAGGGAGAAAUGGCUAAGUGGUCCACAAUUUAUAGUUCAAGAUCCGAAGACGUGGCCAACAACUUCUGGCGGUGGACCAACCAGUUCUCUCUUGAUUGGGGAGGGUCUUGGGAUCCAAGAAGACGAAGAACUGAUGGAAAUAGUUGAUCCGGAUAUACACAACGUUAGUCCGAUGGAAACGGAGGACAGUAUAACUGAAAAGGAAGUAGCGAGUCAUGACAAUGAUCAAAUGCCAGAUAAGUUACUAAAAUUGAAAGAAAUUCAAGCUGAAUACUUUCCUCUAGAGGUAGAAGGAAAGGUAACUAGUUUAAGUUUGAAUUUAGGCAUAUUUAAAGACAUAGAUGAGUUACUAAGGUGUAAAGGUCGUAUGAAACACGCAGACUGGACAUUCGAUAAACGCUACCCUAUACUUAUACCAAAAGAUUCAGAUUUCACCAACGAAAUUAUAAUGAAGACUCAUCAAGAAAAUAAGCAUGUUGGAGUAAGUCACACGUUAGACAAGAUAAGGGAAACUUACUGGAUACCACAAGGAAGAAGCCAAGUUCAAAAGAUUUUGAAGAAGUGCUCCGAAUGUAUGAAGCAUGACGGAGGGCCAUAUAAACUACCAGAAACUCCUGCGUUACCGAAAGAGAGGGUCAAUUAUAGCUCACCAUUCACAUACGUUGGUACCGACUAUCUGGGACCACUUCUAGUCAACAAUGGGAAUGGCAAUUGUAAAAGGUGGAUUAGCCUCUACACAUGCUUAGCCGUAAGAGCCAUUCACUUAGAAGUUGUAAAGGACCUAACUGCGGAAGAAGGUUUAAUGGCCUUACGUAGAAUGAUUUCAGCAAGAGGUGUACCUACCUUAAUAACGUCUGAUAAUGCGGCUCACUACAAGUUACUCUCAGAGAUUCUUCAGAACCCAUACUGCGUAGAGAAAGAGAUAAGAUGGAAAUUUAUACCACAGUUAGCACCAUGGCAUGGAGGAUUCUAUGAGAGAUUAGUUGGUUUGGUUAAAAACUGUAUGAAGAAAACAUUACAGAAACAUUUGUUGAAUGACACUCAGCUAGUAACAGCGGUGAAAGAAAUAGAAGCAGUUCUUAACACAAGACCCUUAACUUACGUAGAUUCAGAGCCGGAUCAUGUACUAAAACCUUCAGACUUUCUUACUAUGGGAAAGUGUAUCAUUAUGGAAACUUCAGAUAAGGAUCCUACGACGUCGCAAGGGACGGUGACUAAGGACAAUUUAAUUAAAGGUUGGAAGAAAGCACGGAUAAUUCUACGAGAAUUUAAAGAGAUGUUUGAGAACAGGUAUCUCCUAAAUUUGAGAGAAAGAUAUUCCCACCAUCCUAAAGAACCUAGAGUAACAUCAAAGUUAGCACCUCAGAUAGGUCAAAUCGUGCAGAUUAAAGGUGACACGAAGAACAGGAUAAAUUGGAAAGUUGGGAAAAUAGUAUCUUUAAAGGAAGGCGCCGACGGUUUAUGUAGGGUCGCCACGGUACGAGUAGGAGAUACAGAGUAUACAAGAUCUAUCGCACAUCUCUACCCGUUAGAGAUCGAAGAUGGAGAAGAACAGUGUAAACAAACAUCAUCUUAUGAAGAAAGUGUAGAAGAACCGGUGCAGAUUCCUGAUCUUCAACGUCCACCAGACAAGGAUGACGUGACGAUGGAAUCCCUCAAGGACGUUACUGAGCCUCCACCUGCGCAAAUAUCCACUCAAGAAGUAAGAGAUCAACCAGAAGAAGUACAGCCUCAUGCCUCGCCAGAAGAGGAACCGUGUUCCUCUAAACAAACAGUUGAGUCUAUAUCUAGUGAGUUAAACGAGCCUAAGCCUAAGUCUAUGUCCGAACCAGAACCACUCGCGGUCGUCGACCUCGAGUUUUACGACCACACUGUUCCCGAGUCACACCACCUAGAGGAAGUUGCGCCAGAAGAACAACACGACGAAGCAAGACCUAAGAGAGCGGCAGCUCUCAGAGCCCUUGAGAAGAUCAAGGAAUGGACCAGCAAUCUAGUCGCCGUGUUGCUGCCUGAGGCGGGGUGUGUCGUGACAAGCACGAAUAUCUAAUGUCACAAUACAAAUUUCCUAGCGGCAACACUGAACAGCGCCCUCUGAGUGGAACUGUGAUCUCGGGGUCAAACAACCAGCCACCAUAAAGUAAAGCGAAGCAGACUGAGGCUCCUCUGGCCCAAGAGAAGUGGAUCAGAGAGAGCGAGGAUAAAGAAUCCUUCAUGGGAGAUGAAGGUAUGUAUGCCAAGCAUUCUGUUACUCUUA